GACUGUGCGUGUUUUUCUCGAUACGUUGCCGUGCAAAUAGGAAGUAAUUUUCGACGGUGUACAAAAGUACACAUUUAUGAUUGGCGCAUAGUCUAAUCCCGUGUCCCCGCCGAGAAGUUCUAGCGCAAAACUAAAACGUAGCAUAACGUAGCAUGGCAGAAUCAAAGAAACCGACCGAAGACGGCUCGCGGGACAAAGAGUUGGACGAUCUGCUCGACAGUGCGCUAGAAGAUUUCAAUAAACAGAAGGAUGAACCAAAAAAACAGACCACUGAUAGUGCUGCGGGUGCACAGAGCGAGCAGCACGAAGAUCCACCAACGGAGCAACUUUGGAAUGAAGAAUUUAUGAAUCAACAAGCGAAAAUGUUUGAACAACAUAUGGCCGCGUUGUUCGGUGGGGGUGAGAAGGUGGACAGCGAUCAGAUAAUGCUCGGAUUCCAACGAAUCGCAGAAGCGGCCGGUAUGGCUGUCCGUGCGGAAGGUGCGCCUGAAGCGGAAGCAGCCCCGGCCAACACGCUGGAUCCAUCAAUUAGCCAAAGUAUUAGCGAUGCAUUGAAAGCGAUGAGCGAGGGUCGAGACAACCUGCAGACACCAUUCAGCCCGGAAGAUGUAGCCAACAUGUUCGGCAACAUCGAUCUAAACGCGACGGGUGAAAACAAUGCAUUUCUACCGUUCAUGCAAAACAUGAUGCAGAACUUGCUGUCGGCCGACGUGUUGUUGCCGAGUAUGCGGGAUCUGGUCGCUAAGUACCCGCCAUGGUUAGCGGAACAUGGAGCGACCCUAGCCAAGGAGGAUAAGGAACGGUACGAGAAGCAGCUAGAGCUGAUGAAGGAAGUAUGCGCAGAGCUGGAGAAGGAAAAGGCUGACGACAGUGCCGAGGUGAAACGCGACCGGUUUCAGAUCGUGCUGGAAAAGAUGCAAUCGAUGCAGGAUCUUGGACAACCGCCGACCGAUUUGGUCGGCGAUAUGGGGGGAAAUCUCAACCUGCCCACGAUCGAUCCAUCCUCAUUUAGUGAGCAAAACCCCUGCCCGAUCAGUUAACUCAUAAGAAACAACCGGGCGGGAUUAGUCUGUUGACCACUAACUGAGCGAACAAAUAUGGUGCCCCAGGCCCGUUGUCGGUGUAAUGGAUGGUGUUGGCUUGACACUGCAGGUGUAUUACCGGGUAUGCUGUGUUUUUUGGUAGCGCAUAGAGCUUUUGAUUGUUAGAUUUACAUUUGUCUCCCCCGGGGGGCCGAAUAAUAUUCCCGGUGAACCGUAUUUGGGUUGCUUAAUCUUUGUUAUUUCAUUAAAAAUAAAAACGCCGCGAGCGUUCCAUACA